GUGCGUUUUUUUCUUUCGCCUUCUGCUUCCCCUUCCGUCAUCCGUCCGCGCCCCCCUCUUUCUUCCCUCCUCCUGUCUCUCUCUCGCUACCCUCUCGCUCCCAGACGCCUGUUGGGCCGCCGCCGCCGCCGCCGCCGCCGCCGCCCUAGGCCAGGCGCUGAGGCUGUCCUUGGUCUCUUCGCCGGCGACGAGCACCCACCAGUUAUUGGACCCCACAUUGUGGAAUGCUUGCCAAAGGGAGGAAGAUAGCUGGAAGGGGUGAAGAAAUGUCCGCACAUUAUGCAUUUGGACCACAGGAUGAUGAUGCAAUUAUUAAACACAGGCUUCUGACUAGGACGACGACCACCAGGGGUGAACCACCACUAAAGAAGCUUCAGAAGAAGUUCAUGUCCUUUGCCACUGAGAUCGAGAAGGACACAGAUAACGCAAGUGACUGCGAAAGACUGUACAAGGCCUUUCUACAGGAAAUUAAUACCUUUGAGCUACCUCUCCUAAAAAGUAAGGCUGUUGUUGAUGCAAAUAUUAGGGAGAAGGAAAGCUUUAAUGAUCUGCAGGUUGAGAUUGAGCGACAGAUCUUGCAAGCUAAGACUGAUAUUGAGGACCUUAAGAAGCAACUUGAGCAGAGCAAGAUCGAGAGGCAGCACAAAGAAGAGUGUGAAGCCAUCCGGAAGCUGAUUUGUUUGCAGCCUCCACGGUCAGAAACUGAAAAACUCAUUGCAGAUCUUGAGAAGGAGAUAGCUGAUUUGGAGGCUGAGAAUGUAGCAUGCAUAAGGACUUUGGAACUGAGGAAGAAGCAGUUUGCCCUUCUUUUACAUGUGGUUGAUGAAUUGCAGAUCUCGAUUGAAGAUGAGCAAAAGAGUAUAGCAGAUGAGCUGAGAGCUAUCACUGGAGAGCAGAAGAUGAACAUAGAAGAAGGGAGUGUCGUUGCUUCAGAUUCCAUGGUUGUUGACUGAUCGAGAUACAUUCUCAUACUUGGCAGACCUGCUUGCAAAAAUCCAUCACAUGAUUUUUGGACAAUAUGGAAUCCUAACGAGUUGGUAGGAUAUGUAUUUUGCGGUGUCUUUGUACCUCACAUGUAAAUUGAGUUGUAUGCUACUAUGAACUGAAAUUAAAGUACACAUUGUUGUGCAACAAAGUCAGUUCUUACUUUGUUAUAUGCUCUCCCAACUUUUGUGUAUAUUGAAUAAUGCUGCACCA